GCAUGUCGUGCAACGCUAUCAAGCCGGAAAUGUUCGAGACCUCAGGGAUCGGAUAUUUUCCCGGUGCGAUUUCCAAGAGCACGAAAGAAUAUCCCAAGAGCUUCGUGUGUCCCCAGUGUGUGACCGAAUUCAAUGGCUUGUUCAUCCUAUGUUGUGGGUUCUGGUACAAAUUCAGAGCGCGAGUACUCUUGCACGCUGCUUUCCUCCACAGGGUGAAGGUGAUGUGUCGUUGUAAAGAUGUCCUGGAAGUCAAAGAUCUGCUCGCACAUCGGAGACGCUGCUUCUUCUACUCUUUCCGCUCAGUCUGAUCUGAAGACCAUGUGUCCGACGAAAGCUUCGGGAAUGCUUCCCCGAUGUCGGCUUUCCUCGCGACCUUGGAAAGCGCCGGGAAAGUCGACGCGGGACUCUUUGAAUAGGCGCAAUCAUUGGCUAUGUGACGAGGCUCGAAUCUGAUUCCGCGUCUCACAAUCAGAGCCAAACAAUAUAGAGGAGCGACUCUUGUCGUGAGUCGUUCCUCGCAGAGAGGGGACUUCUUGUGGCGUAUCGGAGACAUUGUUCUGGACUCGAAUAAAUUGGAACGGAAACUCCCUCCGUUGUGAGGAGGAU